GCGGAGGAGGAGGAGGAGAUGCCGGGGAAGGGGCAGAGGAGGAGGGAGAAGAACUACCGGGCGGCGCACGGCGGGGAUUCGCGACUGCCCCCGCCGCCGAAGCAGCGGGAGGUCGACGCGCUCCCGUCCAAGCUCCGCCGCCUCAUCGCCAUCCAGGAGAAGCAGAAGGGCGGCGCGAAAGCCAGCGGUGGCGCCGUUGCCGGUGACUCCUCAGGUGGGGCUCCCGGGAAGCAAGGAGAGAGCGAUGCGGUGAAGAACAAGGCUCGCAAAGACAAGAAAACUAAGAAGCAGCCCUUGGAACCUACUGCUGAUAGCAAAGCUGCAGAGGUCGGUGACAAGUAUGGAGCAACUGAUGAUGAGAGCGCGAGUGUCGAUGGAAACAAAAGGAAGCGGAAGAGGGGAAAAGCUAUGGAUCUUCGUUUUAAAGAAUUGGAUGAGACGGUUGCAGUUUCAAAGAAGCAGAAAAGGAAGAAGUACCUGGAUGAGAGGAAAAAGAGGCGCAAGGGUGACAAGACGGAAACUCUUCCAGAAUUCCCUGGGCGUGAAAAGGUUAAAUUUGGUGAAGUUGUCCAGGCUCCACCAAAAUUGUCAUUCCCAAAGGUGAAGAGUCCUUUAGACGCUACCCGUGAGAUGCUAAGAAAAGAGGCAAUUGAGAACUACAGAAAUAUCAAGGGCUGGACAUCAAGGCCUGGGCUCCAGCUUCCAACUCUAGCUGAAAAUACAUCACUGUAACCAUCUAUUUUAUAUCUUCUCAUUGUAUCCUUAGCGAACUUACUCUGCUGGAUCAGAGUAGCUUAUUAGUACAAGUCUUGUACCUUCUUGCAGGCGGUUUUGUAACAAACGUUGAUUUUUGUGUUAUGGGGUUAUGCUUAUUUUCUUAAAGUAAUCGUUUUAAUGCUUUUAAUAGGUGUUAUGUUAUUAAGAAAAUGUUUGGUUCCAUUCUCAU